AUGUCCACAUAUUUGCAGGGCACUCCAUCAUUUUAUUCAACUACUUCGGUAGAACACAAUAAUCGUGUAUUUGGCAGAUUUCGAUCAAGGCACCAUCGGGAGGUAUCCCUUGGCGAGGAAAACUUAGGCUGUCGUACUGUUGAUCUUCAUACCUCAACAAUAAAGCUUGAUGCUGAAGAUACUGAUCUGCGGCUAUGCUUCAGACUGAUUUCUCCAUUAAAAACUUACACAUUGCAGGCAGAAAAUGAAGCAGAUAGAAUUGAUUGGAUGAACAAGAUCACAGGAGUUAUUGCAUCCCUCUUGAAUUCUCAACUGCAGCAACUACAUCCAGGGAAACAUAAUUUGGUGGAGAAUAGCACUCCUUCGAGUGAUAUUUCCCUUGAUCUUCGGCCACCUGAUAACCAUGAAAGUACAGCAGCUGACAUGAAAGUCAAUUCAGCUAAUGGUGUGUCUAGGAUUCUCAGAGAAAUUCCUGGAAAUGAUCUUUGUGCUGAAUGCUGUGCUCCUGAACCUGAUUGGGCGUCUCUAAAUCUUGGCAUUUUGAUGUGCAUUGAAUGUUCUGGUGUUCACAGGAAUCUUGGUGUUCAUAUAUCAAAGGUGCACUGA